UUACCUGCCGCAUUGAAACGCUCUUUUAUUUUGUGUUCUGUCUUGUUGCGAAUACGAAAUAUGCAUAUACUGUAAAUGUAAGCUAAAGCGUUGUCCUAAGGAAAUUAUGUUUAUUAACUGGCCCGCGCGUUGCAUACUGCAUGUGCCUGGUUUUUACAUGUAAGUACUGUACAGUGUACUCUACACUCAGUCUACAGUAUAUCGUGAUCGGAGGACACUAACAUCAUAUCAUGGGUAUUAUCGGAACAGCUGCCGUAGUAUUCCUGACCAUUAUUGUUUUGGCGCUUUCUAUUAUUCUCAUCGCCCCGGAUGGCGUGUAUGAUCUCGUUAAUCCCUUGCCGCCGGUAGAGAAAUCAUUUCCUUUUAAGCCAGCAUUCUGGAGGAUUGCUGGUCGCGAUGAAGAACCAGAUAACGAAAUUUAUCCUUUCAAAAUUAAUAUUCCGGAGGAAGACCUUACGGAUCUGCAGCUUCGGCUAAAUCGCAGCAGAUUUGUUGCGCCGAUCGUAGGAGUGAAAUUCACGUACGGAUUCAAUCCCACUGUACUGCGCAAAAUAGUCGAUUACUGGAAAAGCGAAUACAACUGGAAAAAGCACGAAGCGUCACUGAAUGAAUUUCCGCAUUACAAGACAAAAAUCGAAGGUCUGAAUAUCCAUUAUGUCCACGCCAAACCAAGAAUACUGGAAAAAAAUACGAAAAUUUAUCCUGUCAUAAUGCUGCACGGCUGGCCCGGUUCGUUUUUCGAAUUCUGGAAAGUGUUUCCGGAACUGCUGAAGCCACGAAAACUGCCCAGUGGCCGAUCAGUGGCAUGCGAAGUUAUUGUGCCUUCUUUACCCGGUUUCGGAUUCUCGGACGCGUCUGAAAUUCCAGGAAUGACGAUGGCAGAUAUGUCACGAAUAUUUGCAAAACUGAUGGAGAGACUCGGUUUUAAGAAAUAUUUUGUUCACGGUCUUGACUGGGGGGUCGCCAUUGGCCGAUUCCAGUCAAUUAUGUAUCCCAAGAAUGUUCUUGGACUGUCAGUGACCAUCUAUUUACUUCUGCCCAAUGCGCCUUUUUUUCUGAAAAGUGCUUUGGGAAUGCUGGCUCCUUCGCUGGUCGUCAGUCCCGGCGAAGAACGGAAACUUAUCUUCAAACACAUCAUGUGGCAGUUAGGCGAUUCCGGUUUUGCUUAUAUACAUGGCACCAAGCCGGAUUCCGUUACGGCUGCUAUGUCGGAUUCACCGGCCGGUCUGGCUGCCUGGAUCAUGGACAAACAAGUAUCCCAAACUCGACAUUAUGAAAACAUCUACAAAGACGAUGGAGGUCUGCAUGAGUACUUCGAUCUCAAUGAUCUUUUGACCAAUGUCAUGUUGUACUGGUGGACUAAUACCAUUGGUACUUCCGCAAGAAUAUACAAGGAAAACUGUGGAUAUUUUGGAUGCGAGCCGGCCGAUCAGAUACGCUAUCGGUAUAUUGUUCCAGUACCAGCUGUUUUAACGGAUUUUCGCGACGAAGCUCCCGGCAUCCAACCGCCGGACGAUUUCGCAAAACGAAUCUUUCCUAAAGCAGUUUCGUUUGCUAAACAUUCUGGCGGGCAUUUUAUGGGCCUGGAAAACCCAAAGGAGCUUUCCGAAGAUAUCUGGCUGCUCGUCACACACGUAGCCUCUGCUCUUCUAAAACAAUGAUGAAGAUGAAAUGAACAUCUACAAUUGACCUUUCAGGGCGAACCAAUUGAAAGCCCGCACUAAUUUCCGUAAUUUGCCCGGCGUUGAUCUGGAUCACCGGGAAGAGAGUUUUGACAGUGAUUGUGAUGCAGUUUAUGUGAGGAAUCGCAAAUUAAAUGUAUCUCAAAACUAUUAUAGUGCGAUUGCGAACCGCGUUUGGGCUGCCUCAAAUUUCCGUUCUUGUACGUGAUAUCUGGUUGAUAAUAAAUCUCCAACUGCAAUGAAAGAUUGC